AUGGGCGAAAGGCCUUCUGAUACGCAGCUUCAUCAUCUGCCACAAGAAAGCCCCACAACUGGUCGCACUCACCUUUCUCACUUACCAAAUAACGCUUCGCCUGUCUUGGAAACGCGCAAUAGUUCCCUGCGCAAGGCUGUUCCUAGUCCGUUACAAACCAGUACCACUCCUACAUCACCUUCGAGCAGUGUCACUCCGACAAGAACCACAUUUUCUGUGAAAGGUUCUAGCGAUCAAUAUCCUUUCAUAAGUACGAAAGCAAGCCAGAGUUCUCUGCAGGAGCCUCGAUCGCCAAAAGAGCGCCUUGAUGAUUUAUUAGCGACGGAGAAGAACUUCUAUACUUCUGAACAUACUGCCAAACCACCGCAGAUACCAGCCAAUUUGAGGUACGGCCGACCACUGCAGGAAACGACUUCGAAUGCCCCGAUACGAAGCGUCUCAACUCCUAUCCUGGCAAACGUAGGUUCAACCUCACCUACCGAUAAACCACCUGCGAUGGCAUCAACGACACCUGCACAUCGUAUCGAAAUGGGUCGACAACCACCUCGAACUUCUUCAAUUGAUUCUGCCAUCUCCUCGAUAUCAAGCAGCGGACAUUCAUACAAAAACUCGCUGGACUCUAAAAGCUUGAGUCCACAAUUUGACGUUGCACAACUCAUUCAAGCAGCGGGAUCACCGGAGGCCGCUAUACAAUACUUAAUCAAAGAAAAGCAAUCACAAACCGCACAGAAUUCACAAUUAUGGCGUUUGGUAGAUAAACAGAGGGCUAUGAUUUUGGGCUUAAACAAGGACCUUGAGCGAGCCCUAAAGGACAAGGAGCGGUACAGGAAAAAGCUGAAGGAGAAUCUCACACAGAAUGCGAAUCCAUCACCUGUAGAUUCGACACAAGGUCCAACUUCGGAGUCGGGGGAGAUGACUUCAGAAUCAAGGAUCGCUGAGAUCUCAGUCCAGAAAAGUAUCGACGGACAUUUGAACUCCGAUGGGUCAAAGAAUGGAUCUCCAGCGCAACAUUCGCCCAUGGAUUGUGCCUUAGCGCCGUAUCCAAUUACCCCUCCAGCACCAGCAACGCCGGGACUAUCUAACAUGGUGGAUCCCGAGGAGAAGAUGCCCUCGCCUACUAAGCACGCUUUUCAACAAUACAAUCCUGAUUCUCCACCCUUGGGAUUUGAGGCAUCUCAACUUCAAAGGAAGAACCAAGCGGUGUCCAGUGACAUGCCAUAUAAUGCAACCGUGCCACCUUCACGGAAUCUACCUUUGGAUUCUCCACGGGGACCACCACCGACGGCACCGCUCCCUCCGCCUAUGUCAUCACAAGGCCCUUCGAUGGCGGUCAUGGAAUCAUUGCCAAAGGUCGAUCGUGGAUCUCCCAAAUUUCCACCGCCGAGGAAAGCUCCACCGGCGCCACUCAAUCUUGGCAAAAAGACUGGGCCGAGUACGCAUUUACGACAGGCUUCGGAGACGAAAGAAGAGUCUGAUUCUGACUAUGAUGAUAUAUUGGAGGUUGACGAGAUCCCAUCGUUCCCUGAUAGAGGUCGACGGAAGACAAGAGAAGAGGAUGAUAGAGUGCGAGAGAUUGCAGCGGCACGAGAUGCUGAGGCGAGGAGCCUUUCGAAGAAAAGUUCAAAGGGUAGCGUUAAAGGAACUUCGAAAUCGGCAUCAACCACACCAAAGGAAGUGAUACCAGCAAUGCCUCUAAGCCCGCGACAAACCGUUCCAAUCUCACCGCCGGAUGCUCAUUUGCGGGCUCUUUCACCACCAGAUGAGAGUACUGGUUCCUUGGCGGGUAUGUUGAGUGCAUCAAGAUCACCUCCUCCAAAGACAGGGAUGAUGUCUCCUCCAAUGAUGAGUCCUGGUUUACCACAAAGCCCAAGACCAAUGGGUAUGUCCUCAAGGCACAACUCAUCUCAGUCAUCGAUGGCUUCACCUCCAUUGUCUCCUCGAGGAAUGGGUGCUUUCCCAGCUGCCAUACCAUUGUCACCACGAGCUCCACGACAGCCAAUUCCCCUUCCUCCCGGUACUCCAAUGUCAAUUUCUUCCCCUCAUGCACCCCGUGCGGAACCUUUAGUUCUUGUCUCCCCGCAACCACUGGUAAUCACUAAGAGAUCCGAGGAAACUCUAGUCAACGAAAGUGUUCCAGGGAGGCGACCAAGUGACUCUCCGUCUUCCAGUCACUCCGGAAACGUGAUUUAUAAAGGACUUGUUACCGAGGAAUACCCAGAUCUGCUUCUUCCCCCAAAUGCUUUACCUUCAAUAGAUGUGAAGGUGGCUUCGUCACGUUUAAAGCCUUCAAGAGCUAGUCUGAUGUUUCCAGCCAAUCUAGAGACUGAUCCUGUUUUCACUCUUGCAGUAUUCGCACGAUCGGAUGGCAAGGAACUAUGGAGAGUUGAGAAAGAUUCGGCGUCAUUGGUGCAUUUAGACCAAAUCUUGAAACAGUGCCUUACAUUUACAGCCAGAACGCCGGAUAAAUAUCUCUUCAGUGGCCAUUCUCCAGCUAAGAUAGAUGCUAGACGUGCGGCACUAGAUCAUUAUCUUGAUGAGCUCCUCAAUACGGAGCUGGAUACUAAUUCUGCGUUGGAGAUCUGUCGAUACUUGUCCUCAAAUACAAUGGAGCCACACGCGGAUGACCUGACGCCAAGUAGUGAUACGGGUUCCGAAAGUCCUGUGAAGACUGGGCCAGGUGGCAGACCUUUAAAGAAUGGCUACUUGACCAAGAAAGGCAAAAACUUUGGAGGUUGGAAAGCACGAUUCUUUGUGUUGGACGGCCCAGUGUUCAAAUAUUACGAGUCGCCUGGCGGACCACAUCUAGGAACCAUCAAACUUCAAGGUGCUCAAAUUGGAAAACAAUCUCAGCAGACUGAUGCCCCACCAUCUUCCCGAGGGGAGGGUGAUGAUGUUGACAAUCAAUAUCGACAUGCAUUUUUGAUUUUGGAGCCGAAGAGAAAAGAUUCUUCUAGCCUUAUGAGACAUGUUUUGUGUGCUGAGAGCGAUAAGGAACGCGAUGAAUGGGUCGAGGCUCUUCUUAGAUACGUUGACUACAAAGAUGAGGAUGAGCAUCGUCGCCCAAGUCAUGCUCGCUCUGGCUCAAGUAACUCUCAUCCCCAUGGAAGGAGAAAGGGGAGCUCUCAAGGGAAGCUGGGCGAGAACAAUGAUCUGCGUGCUAUUGGCUACGAUAUGGCAAAGCAAGGCGCUGCACCACACGGCUCGAAAUUGAAGAAUUCAGACACACCGUCGCCCCCAAGUCAUGGACACGACAGAGAUGCCAUGUCAUUCCCACAAUCUCAAUCCAUGAAAUCUAUUUCAGCUCCAAAGAACGCCCACCCUAUUCAGGAUGCUGGUUCAUGGGGAAAUAAACUGGGGUCAUCGCUCCCAGACGAAAAAAUCAAACAGAAGAAGCGUAGCUUUUUCGGAUUUGGCUCAAAACCAAGACCAUCGGUAGAUUUACCAGACUUACCGAUCAACAUGUCAAAUCAUAAUUUGUCACAGAUGGCCUACGAUCAGCAUGGUCCAAUUAGACCAGUUUUUGGAACUCCAUUAACUGAAGCUGUAAGAUACAAUCAUCCAGCUGAUGUUCAAGUUGAGCUUCCAGCAGUCAUUUAUCGAUGCAUUGAAUACUUAGAUGCAAAGAAUGCUGCAGGCGAGGAAGGAAUUUUCAGAUUGAGCGGAUCCAACGUUGUCAUCAGACAACUUCGGGAACGCUUUAAUGUCGAGGGAGAUGUGAACCUAGUUACUGACGAUCAGUACUAUGACAUUCAUGCUGUUGCCUCUCUAUUGAAGCUAUACUUGAGAGAGUUGCCAACCACCAUAUUGACCCGUGAACUUCAUCUCGAGUUUAUUGCAGUCACAGAGCUUCACGACGUGAACGAGAAGAUCAGCGCUCUCAAUGGUUUGGUCCACAGGCUACCACGAGCAAAUAACAUUCUGCUCAGAUAUCUGGCCGGUUUCCUUAUUAAUAUCAUCAAUCAUUCAGAUGUAAAUAAGAUGACUGUGCGAAAUGUUGGGAUUGUCUUCUCGCCAACUCUCAAUAUUCCAGCUCCCGUUUUUGCGCUUUUCUUGCAACAAUAUGAUGGUAUCUUCGAAAAUGAUCCCAACGACCAGGAACGUCGACCUGUGGAGGUAACAGUCACCGCUCCCGCUCUGUCUCCGGAAGAUAUCCGCUCUCCUCGACGCCAAAAGUUUCAGCAGGAUCUCCCAACACCAUCCUUCAACCAGCAAUCUUUUGGUCAGCAAGGCCCAGGGUUUGCUGGGUUUAACGCAAUGACUGGUCCUGAGUAUGGUAGUCGAGGCAAUACACUAGGAGCUUCUUCCCAUGACCAGCAAUACGGGGCCUCUAAAUCGAAGAGGAGAGAAAGUAGCAUGUUCAAUAUGGGCAUGGGGUUGGGACAGAAGAAAUCUACCAAUAGAUUGAAAGAGAAUGAUCCUCGUUUAGUCGACGAAGAAUCAUUCUUCGAUUAG